AUCCUCCAUCUCUCUCCUCCUGCGUACUCCUCUCUCUCUCUCUCUCUCUCUCUCUCUCUCUCUUUAAAAGACUGAAACUCUUUGAAGCCUUAGCUUUGAGAAUCAAAUGGGAGCUCUUGAUUCUCUCUCAGAUUACCUCUCUGAUUUAUUCACCAUCACAAGUAAAAAGAGGAAGCGAAAGCCAAUGCAGACGGUUGAUAUCAAAGUGAAAAUGGACUGUGAUGGUUGUGAAAGGAGAGUCAGAAAUUCUGUUUCGCACAUGAAAGGUGUGAAGUCGGUGGAGGUAAACAGAAAACAAAGCAGAGUAACGGUAAGUGGAUAUGUAGAGCCAAGCAAGGUGUUAAAGAAAGUGAAAAGCACAGGAAAGAGAGCUGAGUUUUGGCCUUAUGUCCCGUACAAUUUGGUGGCUUAUCCUUAUGUAGCACAAGCCUAUGAUAAGAAGGCACCAUCUGGUUAUGUAAAGAAUGUGGUUCAAGCACUUCCUAGCCCUAAUGCGACGGACGAGAGACUCACUUCCUUGUUCAGUGAUGAAAACCCACAUGCAUGUUCUAUUAUGUAGGAUUAUUUUACAUAAUUAAUUUGUGAUAGAAAGAGAGAGCUUAGGACUGGUUGAGCUAUAUAUUUUGUCUUUGGAUGAAUUUGGAACUUAUAAUCUUAGUUUUAGUUAAUUAGGUUUUUUUUUUCUUUUCCUUUUCUUUUUUACUUCAGGAGUUUUGGCUUCUACUUUUGGAUGUUGUGGUGAUAUGUUAUGCUUAAUCUGAAAAUUUUAAGUUUUGGACCUGUCAAGUUUACAUGAAAAUAAUAUUUGCCGUUGGAUUAACGAAA